AUAUAAGAACCUCACAAAAAAAAUUGUAUAUAUUUCUGCAGAAUUGAUGGACAAUAAAGCAGAAAAUAAGGAUAUUAUUGACCCGUAUGACUCGGAUGGACCUCCUCCUCUUCCUGAUGAGCCUAUUCCUGACAGUAUUCCGGUUUUAAAUAUGUUAAAAGGUGAUAGCAAUAGAUCAGAGCUAUUAGAGAGCCAGAAUGGAGGGAAAUCAGGGUUAAAUAAGUGUUCAGAAGGAGAAACAUCAUUAAUGAAGAGUGACGAGGGUUCUUUUCGGGUUGAAGAUGACUGGAAAGCCGUUUUUGACCCCAAAACUCGGUCAUAUUAUUUUUGGAAUUCAAAGACCAAUGAAACAACGUGGAAGAAUCCACGAGUACCGGAAGAUAGAUCGAAUGAUCCGGAGGAAUUGGAGAAACGUCUUCGUGAGAUUGAGACGGAGCGUUCUCAACAAUAUAAAGAAUAUGUAUUUACGGCACGAUUUAACCGUAUGACAGGAAAGUGGCAAAAUGAUCCGAAUAAAAUACCAGAAAACUUUACAGAAGAAGCAAGGGCAUUGAGACAACAAUCAUUUUAUUUUGAUGUUGAAGGAACAGCGGCGGCACAUGAUGGACGUAGUUUUCUUAAAGAAAGACAGCAAAAAAGACUUAGUAAAAAAGAAAUAGCACUUUAUAAAAAGCAAUAUAAAAAGAAAAAAGAGCAAAGAAAAAGGGAGUGGCUUCUUGAGGAUUAAUAUAGCAAUAUAUUUAUUUUCAAGGUAUUAUCAAAAGACAAGA